AUGAAUUCUUCAAAACGAGACUACGUCGCUGGGCAGGAUGUUGAAAAAAUGGAUUCGCUAAAGCAAGGCGAAAUCAGAGAUGGAACGACACACAGAGGCCUGAAGAGUCGUCGAACUAUCGGCACGGGUCUCUACAUCGGUUCAGGCCGUGUACUCGCCCUUGCUGGACCAGCAGGCGCCCUCUUGAGUUAUCUUGUCAUCUCCUUGGUCGUCUACUCCGUCAUCCAAUGCAUGGGUGAAAUGACCACUUGGCUACCGAUUCCCGGAUCUGUGCCAACAUACACGCGAAGAUACGUCGAUCCCAGCUUGGCUUUCGCGUCUCAAUACAACUUUUUCUAUGCCUUUUCCAUGCUUGUUUGUGCAGAGAUUUCAGCUGCUUGUCUCAUCAUCAACUACAACGGCGUGUGGAUUGCCAUCAUCCUUGUGACCAUUACUGCGCUGAACAUGGGAGCUGUCAAGUUCUUUGGUGAAGCAGAGUUCAUCUUUGCAUCGCUCAAGAUCCUACUCAUCAUCAUUUUGCUCCUGACUUCCUUUGUCAUCGGUCUUGGCGGAGGACCAAAGGGCGACCGUCUUGGCUUUCGGUAUUGGAAAAAUCCAGGAGCCUUCAAUGCGUACAUUGCAACAGGCCCAUGGGGAGAAUUUCUUGCCUUUUUCGCUUCGCUCGUCAGUGCCGGUUUCUCCUUCGUCUUCUGCGACGCCCUCCUCUGCAUCGCUGCAGGAGAAUGCGAAAGCCCUCGCCGAAACGUACCUAAGGCAACACGUCGUUUUUUCGCUCGUCUCAUUGUCUUUUACAUCUGCAGUAUUUUGGCCAUUGGGUGUGUUGUCAUGAGUACUGACUCACGACUCUUAUCCGGUACUGGCAAUGCAGCCAGCAGUCCGUUCGUGAUUGCCAUCAAGAAUGCCGGUAUCCAGGGAUUAGACCAUUUCGUUAAUGCACUCAUCUUGACGUCAGCAUGGAGUGCCGGCAAUGCCUUCUUCUACGCUAGCUCGCGAACCCUUCACUCUAUGGCAGUUGAAGGCAAUGCCCCUCACUUCCUGAAGAAGUGCAACAAGAAUGGUGUACCAGUGUAUUGCGUUGCUGUUGUCUUCUGCAUCGGGCUGUUGACCUUUAUGAACGUCUCGCAAGGCAGCGCUACAGUCUUUGCUUAUUUUGUCAACUUGUCAACGAUUAGUGGUUUCUUGGCUUGGAUGUGCUUGUUGGUCACGUACUUGCGCUUCAGAGCUGCACGUCAGGCGCAAGGCAUCUCAGAUGCAGAUUUGCCAUACCGCUCACCCUUUCAGCCAUAUUUGGCAUGGUUUGGAUUGAUUACAAUCUCCAUCAUCACUCUUCUUAAUGGGUUCGCCAACUUCACCACUGGCAACUUCACCAUCUCUGGCUUCUUGACAGCAUACUUUGGCAUACCCUUCUUUCUGGUGUUAUACGUGGGUCACAAGAUUUACAGUCGCAUGAACGGCCUACCAACGCAAUUCUACAUUCCUGCGGGCGAGAUUGACUUGCAUACGGGUAAAGCAGAGAUUGACUUUGAUGAACAGAAUGAUGUGGAGCGUUUGCCACGUAACACGCUUGAGAAGGUCUGGUUUUGGAUUGCUUAG